GCCAGCAGUAGUCGAGGGUGAGUUACCUGGGGAGACACCUCAUUUAUUCAGGGAGGUCUCGAUUCCAUCCGCAGGCAGGACCGAAUUGCAGGAUCUAGUGGUCGAGUGGGUUGAGGUAUGGCGGAUGACGAACCAGCAUGGGAUUUUGAGGAUGUGCCAGCACUCCCAGCGGAACCACCAGCGGAGGAAGCUCCAGCCGCCGCGGGGGGUGCUGCUCCAGCGAAGGAGGAACGGCCCAAAUUAGAUUAUUCGGUUUUUGCCAAGGCACCGAAACCCAAGUACACGUUACAUUGGGUCCGGCCCGUGAUCCUUGGUUAUCGCUACAUUACUGAUUAUAGGCAAUUUUACUACAAUGAUGUGAUCGACUGGCUGGACAAAAGAAAUCGAGGAAUCGAGCGCGACCCACCCAACUGCGAGGAGUGGUCCGAGCGUGCGUUCAAGAUGUACAACGCCAAGAACAUCAACAAAAGUGUGAAACAGAUAGCCGACUUGCGAUGGAUAACUUGCUACAGAACUGUGCCAAGAUACUACAGUUACCACACACGAGCCUACUACAGUCUAAAGUAUCAACCGAUUCUCUGAGGUCACCUCCACCGAAAUUUGAUCAAUCACUUCCUCAUCUCUCCUCUCUUCUACUUCUCUCCUUCCCCCGAAUUUUUACCCAACGCUGUCUCAACAAUAAAUAAUAUGAAAGUGCAAACGGAGAAGAAAGUCACAUGAAAAAUUGCUCUACAAUCUGGGUAAUUGGAGAGCGAAAUUGUACGUCAGGAAUUUCCAUUUGAAAUCAACGAAAAAAAUCUGAGGUGAAGAUUAUUUUUUUUUCCUCAUUCAGGUUUGUAAGUUGUUCGCAGGAAGAAAUUGAAAUUUACCGCAUUUUUCACCACUUUUUACUCAAUUUUUCUCGCUAUUUUUCGUUGAUUUUUUUUCUCCGUUUAUGGACGAGAAUAUGACUGACUGUUACUACUCGCUGAUGUAUUAAAUAAAAUUAUAUUUAAAUUCAACAUCAAACGCAUCUUGAACGAGUACAAUGUCAACACUUUAAUGUAGCAAUGAACUGAUACACGAAUGGUUUCUUUUCUUCGUUUGUAUUCAUAAUAAACAACUAUGAAUAACUAUUAUUUAUAGUAAAUAUA